AUGACGACCCAGCGUCCACCACUUUUUACGGCCUCUCGCGUGCAGACGGCAACCUAUCUGCUCGGUGUAUGCCCGUUCUCGAUUGCUUUUCUCGUCUUUCUCAAUUCGUCCGUGUCAUUUGUCGUGACGGAUCUCAUUGGCCUUGAGAAAGGUGAGGGCGAUGCGGUUGGGUCACUCGGUUUUGCGGACGAGCUGUUGGCAUUGAUUGCUUGCCCGGCUUGGGGGCUGCUUUCCGAUAGAAUUGGCGUUCGAUAUGUCUGCACUAUCGGUUAUACGAUCAUCGCCUUGUCACUGGUUCUUUUCGUACAAGCCUCCAAUGUCUACCCACAGCUUCUUCUCGGCCGUUUACUUUUCAGUCUCGGAGGCUCGGCUGUUGCGACCAUGGUGACUGCCACCUUACCUACGAUAACAGGAGGGAAUCAUUCUCAAGGCCCUGGUCCCCAACGACGCUCAAACCAUGCAUGGAGACCAUCUCUUUCAUCAGAAAUCACAAUUACGCCGUCACGAUUUGAACGAAGCCGCUCUCGAGAACAAAUGCCCGAACCGACGCCUACCUCUUCAUCUUCGCGACUAGCCGGAUUUGUCGGGCUGUUUGCAGGCUGUGGUGCGCUGAUCUCACUGGUCGUGUUUCUCCCUCUGCCAGCUUACUUUGAGAGAUCCGGUUCAUCUCCAGCUCAUGCGAUCCGACAAAGCUUUUAUGUGGUCGCGUCUGUAGCAUUACUGGUUGCAAUUGUGUGUUUUUUUGGGCUCCAAAACCUGCCCGGCGAAGAAGAGAAGCAUCUCCAGUCGCUUUGGCAGAUUCCGUACACAAACGAAGAAUAUCCCGGUUAUCGGCCAAGUACGGUUACCAGCUAUGGCAAAGACCUGUUCCAUGCAUUCAAACUCGGCUUUCGACAUCCCGAUGUUUGCCUGGGUUACGUUGGCGGUAUCGUUGCUCGGGCAUCUUCAGUCGCAAUAUCUCUAUUCAUACCACUAAUCGUCAACUACUACUACCGAAGGCUCGGACUGUGUCAACGGACAGAUCGGGAUAAAAUACCCUCAGGUGUGGUAGGAUAUAUCACAUUCCCAUUGAUAUUCAGUCCACAGCCCACAGCACCGCAUGUUAGCGGCGGUGUAUUUGUCAUGGUAUCGUUCAUUGGAAUCAGCCAAAUUGGAGCAAUCGUUUGCAGCUUGGGUAUUCUCAGCAAUGGUGUCCUGAACAUCAAUUCCAUUGACAAUCGCCAGGAAAGUCCAGACACGCCGCAAGACUCGACGGGUUUGGGCCAGGACAGUUUCGAACACAACACCGAUACAGAGCAUGAUCCACUCAUAACCAAGCCAGCCCUCUCCAAAAAACCAGAAAAACAACAGCAAAACAAACCUUCAGGGCCAAAACCAGACCCCUUUGAGAACCCAACUGGAGAUUUAUUCAUCACUGAUGUAUCACUCGGAAAGUCUGGGGAGAAGACUCACAAUCUGGUCCUGAAUAAGUUCCCCGUAAUACCGAAUCAUUUCAUCCUUGCGACGAAACGCUUUGAGAAGCAGACUGAUUUACUAGAGAAGGAGGAUCUGGGGAUUGCGUAUGCAUGUCUGGACGCUUGGGGGGAUGGCCCUGAUCACGCUGACGGAGUUGAUGUGAAGAGUGACAAGGAGAAAGAGGGGAGAAGGUUAUUCGCAUUCUUCAAUUCGGGCGAGGAGAGUGGCGCUUCGCAACCACAUCGACACAUCCAAUUCCUCCCCAUUGAGGAUAUGCGUGAUCAAAAAGAGGACGCAGAGUCGGCGAAACGGUCUGCUUCAUGGACGCCGUUGAUUGAUUUGCUGCUAGCGACUUCGGAUGUGGAGACUGCUUCGAAUGGGCUUCGAUGUUUACCGAAUCUGCCUUUUCAGCAUUUUGCAAUAAGGAUCCCUCGAUCAUCGUCUGUCGAUGCGCUACAUGAGAUGUAUCUUUCCCUCUAUCGCGCUGCGUUACUCGCGUCAACGCCAACACCGCCGCCGAUGACAGAACAAACGCGAAUCUCAGGCGCGGCUGCGAUAAGUUACAACCUCGCGAUGACCAAAGACAUUAUAAUGAUUUGCCCCAGAAAGAAGGAGACUGCUAGUCUACCAGGUCUAGGGGCUGAUGCUGAUGUGUCACUGAACGGGACUAUACUAGCUGGUACACUGAUGGUGAAGACGUCGGAGCAGUGGGAUCAUCUACGGGGGGAUGGAGAGGUGAUAAACGACUUGCUGGCGGAGGUUGGGAUUCCCAUCUAG